GCAUUUCUCAGUUAUAACAUAUCUGGUCUCUAGAUUGGCAGCAGCUCACACACACAGAAUCUAACCAACUGCAACACCUGGUGAAGCGCAAUGAGUUCCGGGGAGCAAACAGACACCCCCUCUCCCUACGUCCUACCAGUUGCAAGCCAGGGGAGUGAUGUGAAGGUUUACCACCUCCACAGCCCAUUCGACCCUCAUGAUACCAGACCCACGGCCUCAAGCGCCGCGCCAGUGUACACCGGUGGAGGAGGUGGCACAGGCGGUCUCGAUUCUUCAGAGGGCAGAAGGACGUUUGUGAGCUAUGACACAGCGCUGGGGUCUGAACCCGGCAUGACGACCUGCACUUCCUGCCAGCAGCAGGUCAUGACCAACGUCACCUACAAAGCAGGGACGUACGCCUGGCUGAUGUGCUUACUCUUCAUCUGCUGUGGGCUAGUCCUGUGCUGCUGCCUGAUCCCUUUCUUCAUGAAAAACUUCAAGGAUGCAUACCACACGUGCCCCCGCUGUAACAGAGUCCUGCACGUCGAGAAGAAAAAAUGCUGUAAAUGACGAGCCUGAGGGCCAGAAGUGGACCCACAGAAAUAUGAAAUAACAUUCUGUCACUAUUGUCUGCGUUUUGGGAUGUAGCUUAUUUCUGUGGAUGAAACAUCUUAUUGUUUGCAAACAGACUGUGUUUUCAGUGCUUAAAUAUCAUGUGCUCGCUUUUUUAAAAAUCAAGCGCACCCCAUGCACUUUUUUGGAGGCCAUUUUAUUUUUGUCCCAUUCCAGCAGGAAAAAAAAAAUUAUCUUUCUCAGAAACUUCUGCAUAUGUCGCGUUGUUAAAAUGAAGGCUGUAAAUAACUGUAACCAAAUUAACUAGUUAGCAAAUUGUAAGAUUUAAACAGACCAAACGAGCAAAUACAAUGUUAAAAAAUUUAACCAGAACAUCAGGAACAACCUAGAGUAUUGUCUUACAUGCAGUUAUUGCACAAUAAACCUGUGUUGGCACUGUUUUGCCACACUCAGUAAUAAAAUUAGACCAAUGUGGCUUUUUUGUGUGUUAUAUCUAUAUGUCGUAAGCCAUUAACCUAGUCUUAUAUGUUUUAUAUGAAGGGAUGAAGGGAAAUCUGAGUGAGCCUGAGGUUCAAAGAAAAGCUUAUAUAUUAUAUAACAGCAGCCGGCUGUGGAUGUAAUGUUGAAUUUAUCUUAAAUCAUUUUACUUUCAAACAAAGACAUGUCACAGGAGUUCAUCAAAAUGCAAAGGACAAUGCAAAAAUCAGAGCAACACUUGACUAUGAUGUGACAUCAUCACCAGCUGGUGGUGCCACUGAUCGAGACAUAUCACCAGAGCAACUGCUAACUGCUGCUAAGUGUUAGCUUGUUAGCUCAGUUAGCCGCACAAGUAGCAGUCUGGACUCAGUUGAGUCAGGGUAUUUUCUCUCCAUGUUUGUAGCAGCAAAACCAGAUAUUUCUGACGACAUGCUGGGAUAUCUUCCAGCUGUACUCAGAAAACAAACAAACAAAAAAAAACACUAAAACUAAAAAAAAAA